AUGGAUCCCUCAACAGGGCCGGGCACACCGUCCCAUCCAUCUCAUCAGUCCCACGAUAGCUCGACCACCGCAUCGCCCACUGAUACUCGUCAUCAGCCCUCGAGGUUCGACUCGUAUGUCGCCUCCCGCGACGAAGGUCUGUCCGAAAGUUUCCAGUCCUUCCAGUCCACCGACACGGUGCGGAGGCGCCCAGAAGGUGGUGGCUACGGUUCUAUACAUACCCAAGGUUCCGGCUCUCAGUACCUGGGCGACCCGUCUGCCCACGAUCGAUCGCAUUCUCGCUCGACAACAACUGCUAGUGCUAGAUCGCCCAUGAUGGGUCCCGAACGCCCCAAAGCCGCGAAGCCGCGAAAGCCUCCCAUGCCCCGUCGACUGUCGACCAACCCAUCAGCACCACACCGCGGCGAGUUCUUUUCUGUUGACGACGACAUCAAUGAGGUCGAGGCAGAUGCCGUUGGCCGCCAUCAAAGCCGCCAGGGCAGCACCGCUUUUGGCACCCGCCGCCGACCUCAACUGGCCACCACUCUGUCGCGCGUCCAAUCUUCCCGCAGCGACACUGGAGUCGAUGACGACGACGACGACGACAAUGAUGAGGUCGAAGAUGGUCCACGGACGCCGAGAGCUGACGACGAAACCCCCGAGGAUGCUGAGCGCGUUCCUUCGAUACACCCUGAUGAAGAGGACAUUGAUGCCGAGUCAGAUGGCGACGUGAGCGACGCCGAGAGCUUUACGCUCAAGGAUCGUCAGCAGGCCAUCAACCAGACCCAUCCUUUUGGCAUCAGGUUGUGGAAGCCUGCGUUGUACAAGAAAGAUCGUUCGGUGCAGAAGAAUGCCGAGGGCGAUAUUCAUUCGUCGCCUGGCGGAAGAGUUCACACCUGGCUUGUCUUCUUCAACCUUCUUUGGACCUUGUUGUUUGGUUGGUGGAUGGCUGCUUUCUCGGCUCUCGGCGCCCUGGUUUGCUUCUUGUUCGCAGCAACUCCUAGCGGCAGGGAAUACGGCAGAGUUCUCUGGGGCUUGGCUGGCUAUCUCUUCUAUCCAUUCGGCAAAUAUGUGCGCCUGGAGCAGGAUGACGCCUACCUUGACGAGGACCAAGGCGAAGGACGAAGCAUUUCCGAGUAUGAGCAGUGGCAGAGUGGUGAUCUGGAAUACGGCCGCCUCUUCUUUGGUCCGGAGGGAUCCGAACGCAGCCGAUCCAUUGUUGGACGCUCGCGGAGGAGCAUCGACUCGGAACCGAGCGAGACUGACAGCCUCCUGGGCCGUUCUCGACGCGGGGAGCGAAGCCAGACACCACCCCAGAUCAAACGCCGGUUGUUCGGAAGAGGCCAGUGGAACAUUGGACGCGUCGUCUUCUUCCUGUUCUUCUACCUCUUGCUCUCGCCCUCGUUGAUCCUGGUAUCCUUGAUCUGCUGGUUCCUCGUCUUCUCGAUCCCAAUGGGCAAGGUCACCAUGCUGCUUUUCGACCAAUUGCGCCGCCACCCCUUGGCGCUCUCAUUCGAGUCUGAUAUCGUUCUCGCCCGCACAGCUGACACGCCGCACUCGUCAAUCUUGCUGUGCACGUACCGCGCUGUCGGUAUCAAGUACUGGAAGUAUACCAUUGACGGCACGAACGUGUUCUUGAUCAACCUCAUGGGAGUUGUCUUCUUCGUCAUCUUUGACUAUCUUGUUCUCGACCAAGUUCUUGGUUUGGAGCUCUUCAUCACGUCACCCGCUUUCCUCUUCAUUGCCGGCUUAUUCUCCAUCGUUCCGCUCGCCUACUUCAUCGGCCAAGCCGUCGCCUCCAUCUCGGCACAGUCUUCGAUGGGUGUUGGCGCUGCUAUCAAUGCUUUCUUCUCCACCAUUGUUGAGGUGUUCCUUUACUGCGUUGCCCUGACCCAAGGCAAAGGUCAACUGGUGGAAGGCAGCAUCGUGGGAAGCAUUUUCGCCGGUAUUCUUUUCCUCCCGGGCCUCUCCAUGUGUUUCGGUGCCAUCAAGCGCAAGACGCAGCGCUUCAAUGCCAGGUCUGCCGGUGUCACUUCGACAAUGUUGCUUUUCGCAGUCCUCGGCGCCUUUGGCCCCACGCUCUUCUACCAAAUCUACGGCACUCACGAGCUCAACUGUUUGGACUGUGUCAACCACGGCGGCAUUGGGGGAGGUCUGUCUCCUGUCGGGGAUGGGCGCGACUGCAAGCGAUGCUUCUUCUCCCAGACUCCAGCGCUGAAUGAUCGUUUCUAUAUUGAGGCUGUCCGCCCGUUCUGCUACUUCUGCGCCACGUUGUUGUUCCUCUCCUACAUUGUGGGACUCUGGUUCACGCUGCGAACCCACGCUGCAGUCAUUUGGCACUCUGAAAUCGACGAGAAGAAGCACGAAGAGGCACACGCACAGGCUCAUGCGCAAGCUCACGCCAGACAGUCGGGUCCUCACUCAUUUGCCGAGACCACCGGCACCUCGGUCGACGUCCGCGACUCUCAUCUUUACAAACGCAUCCUCGGUCAGUCGCUGAAGCAGGUUGGCCUUGCAAACAAGAAAGAUGACGGCUCUCGCCAGGGGUCCGUCACCGGACUGGGAUUGAGUGCUGGCAAUGGCGGCGUCAGUAUCCCGCACGUCGUUCCCCCCAAGUCCAGUGGGAGCGAUACGGUCCGCUCUACGGUCCACAUCCCCGGGUUUUCAGAGGCGGAGAACAACGCUUUGGUCCGAGAGGUAGCAGAGAUGGCGGCCACUGCAGCUACAAUUGCCGCAAGAGAGCGGAUGCCUCGCAGAACCUCGGCUCUCCCCGCAGGUUCAACUGCUGCUACCUCCUCCCGCCCUCCGGCUCCGCGUACCGCUACGGUUGCCGAUAACGAAGAACUCGCAGCAGCCAGCACUGUCCAAGCACCCCAUGGUGGACACGACGCUCCCAACUGGAGCCGAGGCAAGAGUGCCUUCAUUCUCAUGGGAGCUACCGUACUCUAUGCUAUCAUUGCCGAGAUCUUGGUGGACACUGUAGACGUCGUUCUUGAGGGCUUCGCUAUCGAUGAGAAGUUCUUGGGCAUCACACUUUUCGCACUGGUUCCCAACACGACUGAGUUUUUGAACGCCAUUUCGUUUGCUAUGAACGGCAAUAUUGCGCUCUCAAUGGAGAUUGGUUCUGCCUAUGCGCUGCAAGUUUGCUUGCUGCAAGUCCCAGCCCUUGUGCUAUUCUCUGCAAUCUACGUCACCUCUGAUCGUUUCGAAGACGUCGCUGCGCACACCUUCUCACUCCUGUUCCCCCAGUGGGACAUGGUGACGGUCAUCAUCUGCGUGUUCCUCCUCAGCUACAUGUAUGGUGAGGGAAAGAGCAACUAUUUCAAGGGCAGCAUUCUGCUGCUUAGCUACCUUGUAGUCAUUGUGGGCUACUACUUUUCAGGGUAUACCGAGGAUGCCAUGAGCGUGAGUCGUUUUGACGUCAUGGGCGCCAACGGACAGUACUCGACUAUCAAGACUGUUGGCCGGAGAGUGAGCGGCGCUGUUCUGCAGUAA